AAUGCAAAUAAUGUGUUGUAUGUUUGCAGGAAGCUGGAACUGAGGUAGUCAAAGCCAAGGCGGGUGCAGGCUCCGCUACUCUAUCCAUGGCGUAUGCUGGUGCGAGGUUCGCGUUUGCCCUCUGCCGAGCCAUCAAUGGAGAGUCCAAUGUAGUUGAGUGCUCCUUCGUUCAGUCCAGUGUUACUGAAGCAAAAUAUUUCUCCACUCCAAUUUUACUUGGUCCUAAUGGACUGCAGAAGAACCUCGGCCUGGGUUAAGCUGUCGGACUACGAGAAUCAGCUUCUGAAGGCCUGCAAUUCCAGAACUGAAGAAAAACAUCCAGAAGGGAGAAGACUUCGUGAAUAAGAAGUGAAAUCAUUUAUAUAAGCAAACAAAUAUUUGAAGCUAGUCCGUCAAAAACACUUAAACAUUCGUGUUAGGAAAGGAGAAGUGUAG